AUGGAGGAAGCAAACCAAACCGGGGUGAUUCACUUCCACUUCCGCCCCUUCUCCAGACGCCCCGAGGUGCAGAUGCUGAUUUUCGUGACCUUUCUCGUCAUGUACCUGGUCAGCAUCAGUGGAAACGUCUCUGUUUUCCUCACCGUCUGCAUGAACCGCUGUCUCCACACCCCCAUGUUCUUCUUCCUGGCCAACCUGGCAGCUCUGGAGGUCUUCUACUCUUCCACCAUCGCCCCUCUGACCCUGGCCAGCGUCCUGUCCACAGAGAGAGCCCUCAUCUCCCUGCCAGGCUGUGGCACCCAGAUGUUCUUCUUCAUCUUCCUGGGCAGUGCCGACUGCAUCCUGCUGGCCGUCAUGGCCUAUGACCGGUUUGUGGCCAUCUGCCACCCUCUGCGCUACACCCGCAUCAUGAGCUGGCGCUCGUGCGUCCAGCUGGCCGUGGGGUCUCUCGUGCUGGGCUUCACCUUGGCCACGCAGCUGACGGUGCUCAUCUUCCGGCUGCCCUUCUGCAGCAGCAAGGAGAUCAGCCUGUUCUACUGCGACGUCCUCCCGGUCAUGAGGCUGGCCUGUGCCGACACCCGCGUCCACGAGGUCACCCUGUUCGUGGUCAGUGUCAUUGUGCUCACCGUCCCCUCCCUGCUCAUCACUCUGUCCUACGUCUUCAUCGUGGCUGCCAUCCUGAAGAUGCGCUCUGCAGAGGGGAGGCACAAGGCCUUCUCCACCUGCUCCUCCCACCUGACCGUGGUCCUCCUGCAGUACGGGUGCACGAGUGUCAUCUACAUGUGCCCCAGUUCCAGCUACUCUCCAGAGAGGGGCCGGGUGGUGUCUGUGGUUUACACAUUCAUCACCCCGGUGCUGAACCCCUUGAUCUACAGCAUGAGGAACAGGGAGCUGAAGGAAGCCUUGCAGAGAGCAAUGACGAGGCUCCUGCUGGCACAGUGAGCCCUCUGACUGUCCCCUGCAACACGCUCAGGGAGACCUCAAGAGGGCUGCCAGGGAGGAGACGGCAGCUGACCCGCCCUGGUGUUCUUCUCUUCGGCUUCCUGGCUGCAGUACUUUGAAACACCAUUUUCCUUUGUUUUGGCCUCAGUUUCUUCAUCUCCAGAAUGAGGACGAAUAGCCCCCCAGUAUGUAGGUAUGUUAGGAGGAUCAAAAGCUCCAUGAAGUGAAAGCACGUGGUGACUCUGAAGGGAGAGAUGCAGAGAAGGUGUGUUAGCAGCCCAUGCAAAGCCUCAUCCUACCUUGGACUUGUCUCCGUAGGCGGUUCUCCAGUAGUCAGCAACCUCAAACAUCACCUGUCCCGGGAAGGGCAAAGCAGCAGUAAGAUACAAACCACGCUGGGAACCUCUGAGCCCCUUUCUCAUGAUUCCUGUGGUAUAAACUCUGAAUCGUUAAAAAUUCACUAAUUUUCACCCAAUUUAUUUUCCAGGGAAA